AUGUACCAAAUGCAAAGUAUUUUGACAGCAUGUUUUGCUCCAGAUACCAAACAUACAGACGAUUGGUUCAAAAACCAAAGCACACAAGAACUUUUGAGCGAAGCACAGCGAGACCGACUUCCUUCGGGGUCGCCUAAAACACAUGAAAAUCGUAAAAAUUUGCCAAAUGGUUUGAGAGGUUGGUAUGUACAUAGACUUUUAGUAAAUGCAGUUGCAAUGUGGGCUUCUCCUCGUUAUGCAUGGCAUGUUUACAGACUUCUUGACGAAAUUCAUAGACAAGAACGUGAAGAGCUAGAGAACAAGCUUGAAGCAAAAGAUGAAGUCAUUGAAGCAAAAGACAAAAGCAUUCAGAAAAGAAUACCACGUUCGGUACCAAAAGGAAAGGAAAAGAACUAUAAGUAUAUGAUUUAUACUGAAGAGAUGGAAAAUGAAGAAGAUAAAGAUAUGGUUAUGUUGCAUUUAGUCAGAAGAAACAACAAAAGCUUUUACGACCUUGCUAAGAUUUACAAAUCUGACAGAAAUUGGUUCUAUCGCGAAAACUUACCGAUUUCAAUGACACCGAAUGAAGAUGUGAAACAAAUAGUUCAAGAUACGUUACCUCAAACACACUAUGAUAUGAAAG